AUGGCGGCGGCGGCGGCGGCGGCCACCGAGUCGCAACAGCUCGGCGAUGCCAUCGUCGCCUUCUCUCUAGAAGGACUGUUCCCCGCAGAUGAUUCGUCCCUGCUGCCCUUGUCCGAGAUGGAUCUCGGGCCUGCCAUUGGCGCUCUGACCGCGGCCAAGGCCAACCUCGAGACCGAAAUUCACACAAUCAACGAGGAAACCAGAGACGAUGUCAGUUCAUGGGUGGACAACGCCAAGACGCUGCAGGAGGACAUUAUCCGAUCCAAGACCAUGGCCAACGAAAUCAUACGACAAUCGGAGGGACCCGACGCGUCGGGAGAGGCAAUCGAGCAUGCCGAGGAGAAGGUUCGCUUCCUCAGCCGUGAACUCCAAUACAGCCAGCAGCUUCGCGGGGCCCUUGAAGACAUCAGAGCCGUGAAUCAGCUGUUGGGUCGGGUUGAUGCUGCGCGGAGCGAACGACGCGUCCUCGACUCCCUGCGUCUUCUCGAACAAUCGUGGACUGCCAUCGGCCAAAUCGGCCUAAGCAAGUCGUGCAGGAUACUUCGACGCCUGGACCGUCGAGCGCUGGACCUCAAGUUGAGUAUUCACGACGUAUUCGACAAUGUCUGGAAAGACUUGAUUCGGUUUGAUGUUGAGGAGGGAAAGGUAUCUGUCCGGGAAACCCUCCCUGAGGGCGGCAUGACUUUGUCAGACGCCGUCAUCGGUCUGAAGGCAUAUAAAGAGACAGACGAGCGUAUGGAACAACUCUGGCGGAACCUGGACGGAUGUCUUGUUUCUCCCCGAAUGGACAAGACCAAACAAUCUCCACGAUCUGUUGCGGCCGAGGGCGAUGAACUCAAAUUGACCGGAAGCAGUGACGGGUCUGUGGCUGCGUUGCUGUCGGACCUGGAGACGGUGUCGGUUUUCGUCGCGCAAAGAGUGCCAACAGAGCUCCUCGACAGUCUGGUCAGCUUCAUGAUGCCGGAUCUCAUACCCCGGUUGAUCCGGCAAUGGCUUAACCCGGCAGUACCGUCAUCGCUGCCUGAGAUUCCCAAGUUUCAGAUCAUCAUUCAAGUUGCACAGAGAUUCUGCACCGCCCUGGAGGCAAACGGAUACACUGGCUUCGAUGAGCUGAAGGGGUGGGUCACCAAAUCGCACAUGACGUGGCUGGGACGAUGCCGAGAAUCUGCACUGGACAGGAUUCGAACGAAGCUGGUUCAUGGAAUCGGUGAGCCCAGGCAAGUCGAAAAGGUAGAGAAACACAUGGUCACUGAGGCAGAGGGCAAAGAACUGGCAACAACUGGAGCGGGUGCAGCAGCGGACACGAACGACUGGGGAGCCGCCUGGGACGACGACGCCUGGGACGAUCGGAAACAGGACGCCGAGCCGCCUGUGCAGGCCAAGGAAGACGACGGCGCCGACGCAUGGGGCUGGGAUGACGAAGGCGACGCUCAACAGCCGGCCGAGGGAGCCAAGAAGCCCGAGGGCAAGGGUGAGGAUGAUGCCGGAGCAGAUGCUUGGGGCUGGGGCGAUGAGGAAACAAGCGCGGAGCCAGAGUCCCCGAAGCCCUCGCCGAAAAAGCAAAAGACGAAAUCCGCGGCGCAGGAGACGAGAGAGCUUGUCCUCAGGGAGACGUACUACAUUUCAAGCAUGCCGGAGCCUGUUUUGGAGCUCAUACGGGCCGUCGUGGAGGACGGCGCUAGCUUGACGGCGGACGGAGACAAGUAUCAACUGGUCUCGUCCACGGCGCCGGGGCUCUUCAGUUUGCCCACGUUCGUCUUGGCCUUGUUCAGAGCCAUCUCGCCCCAUUACUACUCCCUCAAUGUGGGUGGCAACAUGUAUCUGUACAACGACGCCAUGUACAUUGCAGAACAGCUCACAAAGUUCUCCGAGGCCUGGAAAGACCGGGCGGACCUCACACCGCGAGCGCGAAACAUGCUACGUCUCGAGAAUGACAUCAAGACGCUGCAGAACUUUGCCAACAGAAGCUACGCCAACGAGAUGAGCGUCCAGAGAACGGUUUUGCAGGACUUGGUAGGAAGUUCGCAGAGCGUCGUCGUUCAAGACGAUCCGGAAGCAGCAAUCGAAUCGGGAGUGGCACGCAUCCGUCACAUGGCAACGACUUGGGAGAAGAUGCUAGCACGAUCAGUCUGGUCGCAAGCCAUCGGCUCCCUCGUGGACGCGCUCGCCAACCGCGUCAUCACGGACGUGCUGGACAUGCCGUCCAUAGGGCAGGACGAAGCGUACGGCAUUGCCAAGCUCAUCGUCACGGCAACGUCGCUGGACGACCUGUUUCUGCCGAGCAAGCUCAGGGGCGCGGAGCCGACUCGAGACGAGGCGGCGACGACGGACCAAUACGCGCCCAACUGGCCGCGGCUCAAGUACCUCGGCGAGGUGUUGCAGAGCGACCUCAACGGCAUAAGGGCCCUGUGGUGCGAGCAAAAGCUAAGCUACUACUUUACCGUGGAUGAGAUUGUGGAUUUGAUCAGGGCCAGUUUCGAGGAGAACCCCCGGACCAGGCAAACCAUCAAGGACAUUCAAAAGACGCAAUACCCCGCUGUUGAUUUAUGA